AUGAAUGUUUAUUCAUCCUCUGCAGAGCACCCAUACAGCCAUCUGAUCGACACACUGGAUGAUGGAAGGAUCAGGUUCUUCAAUCCACAUAAAUUAAACGACCCCAGAUAUGACAAACUGCCUCUGUCCAUCCGUGUCAUCCUGGAGGCGGCCGUUCGCAAGUGUGAUGGCUUUUACACUAAAGAGGAGGACGUGCAGAACAUCCUGGACUGGCAGCAGCAGCAGGACAAAGCAGAGGUGCCGUUCUCCCCGGCGCGGGUUCUCCUGCAAGACUUCACUGGUAUUCCUGCCAUGGUGGAUCUGGCAGCCAUGAGGGAUGCUGUUGCUAAACAUGGGGGUGACCCUAGUCUGAUCAACCCUACAUGUCCCACGGACCUCAUAGUUGACCAUUCAUUACAGAUUGAUUUCAGCAAAUGUGCAAUACAGAAUGCUCCCAACCCAGGCGGGGGGGAGGCUCCGAGCCAGAGCCAGGCUCCGUCCCGUUCAGCCGCCGCCAAGCUUCCAUCCAGAGGCGGCCAGCAGUGUGGCAGUCAGCGGGGCUCCUGCAGCAAAGCAGCCUGCAGCGAGCCCUCGGCCUCUCCGGGCCGUCCUUCAGCCUCUGUCCAGCAGAUCGAGAACACGCCUCUCCUCUGCCCCUUCCACCUGAAGCCCGUCUCAGAUACUGACACAACCGUGAAGCACCAGGAAAUGGAACUGAUAAGAAACAAAGAGAGGCUUCAGUUCUUUAAGUGGUGCUCGAAAGCAUUCAAGAACGUGAACGUGGUUCCUCCGGACGUGGGCGCCGUCCACCAGGUGAAUUUAGAGUAUCUGUCGAGGGUGGUGCAGGUCAGCGACGGUCUGAUCUACCCCGACAGCGUGGUGGGAACCGACUCCCACACCACCAUGAUCAACGGCCUGGGCAUCCUCGGCUGGGGCGUUGGGGGAAUUGAGUCAGAGGCUGUGAUGUUGGGCCAGCCCGUGUCCCUCACCCUCCCUCAGGUGGUGGGCUGUAAGCUGGUGGGCUCCAUUAACCCCAUGAGCACGUCUAUAGACAUAGUCCUUGGCAUAACUAAGCACUUACGUCAGGCUGGGAUCGCCGGCAGGUUUGUCGAGUUUUUCGGAGCCGGAGUGUCCCAGCUUUCGGCUCCCGACAGGACCACCAUCGCCAACAUGUGCCCAGAGUACAACGCCACCGUCAGCUUCUUUCCAGUUGACCACGUCACACUAAAGCACUUUAAAAAAACAAAUUUUACACAAGAAAAACUUGAACUAUUGGAGUCUUACAUGAAGGCUGUCAGACUUUUCCGAAGCUAUGAAGAAACUUCCGAGGAGGUCCAGUACUCAGAGGUGAUUGAAAUCAACCUGAGCUCCAUGGUGCCCUAUGUAAGUGGGCCGAAAAGACCUCAGGACAGAGUGGCGGUCAGCAGCAUGAAAGAAGAUUUCCAGAGCUGUCUCAACGAGAAAGUGGGUUUCAAAGGCUUCCACAUCUCUAAGGAAAAGCAGGAGACCCGUGUUCCCUUUCAGCACUGCGGGCAGGAGUACCAGCUGGCGCACGGCUCUGUGGUCAUCGCCGCCGUUAUCAGCUGCACCAACAACUGCAACCCGUCCGUCAUGCUGACCGCAGGUCUUCUGGCCAAAAAGGCCGUGGAGGCCGGGCUCGUGGUCAAGCCUUACAUCCGGACCAGCCUGGCCCCCGGAAGUGGCAUGGUUACACACUACCUCAGCACCAGUGGAGUCCUGCCUUACUUCAGCCAGCUGGGGUUCGAGGUGAUCGGUUACGGCUGUGCCACCUGUGUGGGGAACACGGCCCCGUUACCCGAAGCCGUGGUGGACGCCAUCAAACAGGGCGACCUGGUGGCCUGCGGGGUUUUAUCCGGGAACAGGCACUUUGAAGGACGCCUGUGUGACUGCGUGCGCGCCAACUAUCUGGCCUCCCCCCCGCUGGUGGUGGCCUACGCCAUCGCAGGCACCGUGGGAAUCGACUUUGAGAAGGAGCCAUUAGGUUUGGCAUCGUCGGGGAAAGAGGUGUACCUCCGGGACAUUUGGCCAUCCAGAGAGGAGGUCCGGCAGACGGAGGAGGACACGGUCAUCUCCUCCGUCUUUCAGGAUCUCAGGGAAAGGAUGAAGAAAGGGAACACGUUUUGGAACAACAUAGAAAGUCCAGACUCUGUGGUUUUCCCGUGGGAUCACAGGUCCACGUACAUCCGCUCGCCGCCUUUCUUCAGCAAAUUGAGUAAAGACGUGCCGCCCCCACAGUCCAUAGACAACGCCUACGCCUUACUCUUCCUCGGCGACAAAGUGACCACGGACCACAUCUCACCGGCAGGAAGCAUCGCCAGGGUCAGCGCCGCCGCCAAGUACCUGCUGAGCAAACGACUGACGCCGCGGGAGUUCAACUCGUACGGCGCCCGGCGGGGGAACGACGUGGUGAUGACCAGAGGCACCUUCGCCAGCAUCAAGCUCAACAAUCGCUUCAUCGGCCGACCGGGCCCCAAGACUCUGCACAUUCCGUCAGGCCAGACGUUGGACGUCUUUGAGGCGGCCGAGCGAUACCAGAGAGACGGGACUCCCCUCAUCAUUCUGGCCGGCAAACACUACGGCUCCGGAAACUCCCGGGACUGGGUGGCCAAGGGGCCGUACCUGCUGGGCGUCCGCGCCGUCAUCGCCGAGAGCUUCGAGAAGCUGCACCGCAGCCAGCUGCUGGGGAUGGGCAUCAUGCCGCUGCAGUUCCUGCCGGGCCAGAACGCCGACUCGCUGGAGCUGAGCGGGAAGGAGCGCUUCAGCAUCGCCCUGCCCGAGAAGCUGAGCCGCCGCCAGCAGCUGACCGUCAGGACCAGCAAAGGGACCUCCUUCACCGUCGAGGCGCUCUUCGACUCGGAGACGGAUGUUAUUUUCUUCCGGCACGGAGGCCUCCUGCGGUACGUCGCUCGGACUUUUCUGGGAGCCGACCCGGCCAAGUGUCCCUGA